AGUGUGGCUUCAGCAGCCCAACUGUGAGGCACGAUUGUGCGAGUGAGAGCACACGAGUGUGCGAGCGAGUGAGAAAAUAGAACACGAGUGCGUGAAAGUGAUAAAAGGACACAAGUGACAGAGAGAGAGUGAGUGAUGACACGAGUGCACGAGUGAGAGAGACUGAGAUAUGACACUAGUGUGCUAGUGAGAGAGGAAACGAGGGUGAGUGAGCGGAGGAGAGAGAGAGAGGAGGAUGUUUACCACGAGUCGCGAGAGAGAAAGCGCCGACUCAGCAAAAACCAAGCUUGCCAUGAUAGCAUGUCUCUGUGGCCAUUAACACUGGCUGUCGUCAUUCUAGCCGGAAAAGCAACGUCCAAAUACUGUGAUGGUGACUAUUUUUGCACUCCCCCGAAAGAAUGUUGCACAUUGGGCUGUUGCUACCUCUACUCACAACCCACUCCCAGCCUAUUCAACCUUGUCUUCUGGAAUCACUGGUAUCUAUGGUGCGUCAUUGUGGUGGGCGUGUGCGUGUGCUGUGGCGUGUGUGCAUGCGGUGUGUGGCGACGUAAGGGGCAUGCCUCAGGGGGGCAUGCCUCGGCAGGGCACACCUCACGAGGGCACGCCUCCUCCUCAAGGUCGGGCGGCAGAGGAGGAGGAAUGGACGCUGCCUCCUCACCUGACAGCCAAUCAGCUGGCAGCUGCUUUCAGCCACCUCCUCACUACAGUCGCUGCUCCUCCUUCCAUCAACCGCCACCUUACAACGAGGUGACAUCCAAACCCGACCUGUACCCGCUAGUCAUUAGUUACUCGGAUAGUGGCAAGACAAACGUUGGAGGCAGCUAUCUUAUGGUGCACUACUUCAGAAACUAUAUUAUGCGACCAGUCGGUUCACUGUCAGCCGCUAGCACAGCUGAUUCUCUAAGCUCAAGCCUUUUCUGCAACGCUGUCAAUGAGGCCAAUAGCCUAGUGCCCCCGCCUUACUGCAGUGCACCUGGCAGUGUAGACCAGAUCAACCUUCAUUCCUCACCUCUACGUCAGGUACUGUCCCACUCCGAGGUGGUGGUGGGAGGAGGAGGAGGAGGAGGUGGAGGAGAAGGAGGAGGAGAAGGAGAGGAAGGAAGUAUGUUGUCAGGUGUGAGUUCGGUGGUGGGGGGACCCCUAGGGCGCGCCUCGUCACCCCCUCAAGCCACAACGCCCACAAUGCAACAGCUACGAAGGCCCAGUCAGGGUCGACUCCGGCUGUCGCUGUGCCGCCAUUGGCUGAGCCGUUCCGCCCCCUCUACCCCUUCCACCCGGCUGGCACCUCUUCCCUUCCCCUCGCAGGAGAGCAGCCCUCUCCUCCUCAACUGUUCCUCCUCGGCAGCCGGUGAUCACCAGGAGGGAGGACGAGGAGGAGGAUGAUGAGGAAGCAAGUAUUGGCAACCGUCAGAGUAUUCAUGAUAGUAUCUUUUGAAAUUGAUAAUAAUUGUGUAGGUGGUGGCGAUGGAUCUGAAGGAGAAAGAGAAGAGGAGGAAGAAGUGGUGGAGGAGUAUGAAUUGGAAGAGAAGGAAGAGGAAGAGAUGAAGGAGAAGAAUGAAGUUAAGAGGAGAAGGUGGAGGAGCAUGAAGUGAGUUGAGGAAGGAGAAGAAAAAGGAGAAGAGGGAGGAGAGGAGGAUAAGUAGGAGGAGGAAGAUGAGAAAGAGAUGUAGGAGGAGUAUGAAUUGGAAGAAAAGGAGGGGGGAAAGAUGGGAAAGGAGAAUGAAGUAAGAGAGGAGAAGGAGGAGGAGCAUGAGGUGAAAGAAAAGGAGGUGGAAAAGAUGGAGAAGAAUGAAGUUGAAGAGAAGAAGGAGAAAAAGAAAAAGAAGGA